GUUUGAUAAUUGUUCAUCUACUCUGUCUCCUUCUUGAACAUAAAGAGAGAGAGAGAGAGAGAGAGAGAAUGCAGGUGAGUUUAGAGUUUGAAACGAACAUCAUCUCUGAGUUUAGAGAAAUAUUGUGCACCGACUUCGAUCGAGACGACUGUCAUGGCAUGCAGCAACUCCUCCGCCGUCUCGGAUCCAAAUUGCCACAUCCCCAUCGAGGGGUUCUCCGGCACUUUGUCGGCGGUUGAGCUCGCUUCGGCUUGGCGAACGAUUUGAAGCCUCAUUGUUUGAGUGCUAUUCAACUUUUCUACUGUUCGUUCGAAUGAGAGAAAAAAAGAGUUCAACUUCACGUCCAUUCUUGAACGAUCUGUUCUUGAACGGCCGUCGGAUAAUCUAUUCUUGAAUGGGAAUCUGGUAUCAGUGGUGGUGGUGGUGAGAUCGAGAUGAGAGAGAGAGGAUUUGUUGAUGAUGGAGAUAUUUAGUCAAGAGGCGGAAUAAAAAGGGCAAAAAAGUAUAUAACAUAUCCGAGCCUAUGCAGGUUCGGAAAUAAGGUUCGAAAAUAAUAUUCAGGAUUGAGUUCAAACCGAUGCUAAAAAACAAGGGCGGCCUCUAAUUUUCUAUAAAAAAAAAACCCGACACAAACCGUGUGAGUUUGUUUGGGUCUAGGUAGCACAAACAAAAACCCCAAUCCCCCCAAAACCAAGGGUUUAGACUUCACAGGCCACAGUGGAGAGAGAGAGAGAGAGAGAGAGAGGGAGGGACGAAGCAAUGGAGGGCGCAUCAUACCAGCGAUUCCCCACAGUAAAAAUCCGCGAGCUGAAAGACGACUAUUGCAAGUUCGAGCUCCACUCCACCGACGCCUCCCUGGCCAACGCCCUCCGGCGCGUGAUGAUCGCGGAGGUCCCCACCGUGGCCAUCGACCUCGUCGAGAUCGAGGUCAACUCCUCCGUCCUCAACGACGAGUUCAUCGCCCACCGCCUCGGCCUCAUCCCCCUCACCAGCGACCGCGCCAUGUCCAUGCGCUUCUCCCGCGACUGCGACGCCUGCGACGGCGACGGCCAGUGCGAGUUCUGCUCCGUCGAGUUCCACCUCAGGGCCAAGUGCAUCAACGACCAAACCCUAGACGUCACGAGCAAGGACUUGUACAGCUCCGACCAUACGGUUGUUCCUGUCGAUUUCUCGGAUUCUGGAUCUGGUAUUGAGAAUUCUGAACAGAGGGGAAUUAUCAUCGUGAAAUUACGCCGUGGGCAAGAACUGAGGCUGAGAGCCAUAGCCAGAAAAGGCAUUGGAAAAGACCAUGCCAAAUGGUCACCUGCAGCAACUGUUACUUUUAUGUAUGAGCCGGAGAUUCAUAUCAAUGAAGAUAUGAUGGAUACUUUAACACUGGAGGAGAAACAGGGUUGGGUUGACAGUAGUCCAACCAAAGUGUUUGACAUUGAUGCACCCUCUCAGCAGGUUGUAGUCGUUGAUCCUGAGGCAUAUGCAUACGAUGAUGAAGUGAUCAAGAAAGCAGAGGCGAUGGGGAAGCCAGGAUUAGUAGAGAUAUAUGCCAAAGAAGACAGUUUUAUAUUCACGGUGGAAUCAACUGGCGCUAUCAAAGCUUCUCAGCUGGUGUCCAAUGCAAUAGAUAUUCUCAAACAAAAGCUGGAUGCAGUACGCCUAUCGGAGGAUACCGUAGAAGCGGAUGAACAGUUUGGUGAGCUGGGUGCACAUAUGCGAGGAGGGUAAUCUGUUUGUCUGACCAGAAUCCUUGGUUGGUUUAGGAUAUUCAAAUUACUUCCUUUUCUUUUCUGAGAUGUGCUUGAAUCGUUGUGGCUCGCUGCUCCCUGCAAGUUCGUGAGUAGUUAAGGAUACUAAUUUUAUCGUCUGUAUUCUGUUUUCAAACUUAUGGUAACAAUUAACUUAUUGCACUUGUCUAGCUGAACGUGUUUCAUGCUUUUGAAUUAAGCUCGCUUGAAGUGCAUUUACCCA